AUGGGGAGUGUUGACACAGAUAGUGAACGUAAUCAAGCCUUGUAUCUCCAAGAUCAACAUGAUCAAGAAAACAAGGACGAUCUUGCAUCAAGAAUCUGGGUUGAAACAAAGAAGCUAUGGCAAACUGCAGGGCCUGCCAUGUUCAGUCUUAUGGCCAUGUUCUCCAUGAACAUAAUCACUCAAUCUUUUGCUGGUCAUCUUGGUGGUGUUGAGCUCGCUGCUAUCUCCAUAUCGAAUACCGUUAUUGUUGGCUUCAAUUAUGGACUCCUGUUAGGAAUGGCAAGUGCUUUAGAGACACUUUGUGGGCAAGCUUAUGGGGCUGAAAGAUACCAUAUGCUGGGCAUCUACAUGCAAAGAUCUUGGGUUGUUCUGUUCUUGUGUUGUUUCAUGCUUUUGCCAUUUUACGUUUUUGCCACUCCACUUCUCAAACGUCUAGGUCAGGCUGAUGAAGUGGCAAAGAUGGCGGGAGCGGUGGCUUUAUGGUUGAUACCUUUGCACUUUAGCUUUGCAUUUCUGUUCCCAUUGCGGACGUUCUUGCAGAGCCAGCAAAAGAAUCAAGUGACUGCCUGGGUUUCCUUGGUAAGCUUGGGGAUCAAUGCCUUGACAAGUUGGCUCUUCGUUUACGAGCUCCAUUUCGGAGUUGUUGGCGUGGCUAUUGCUUUGGAUAUAUCCUGGUGGGCUUUAACACUUGGGUUGUUUGUUUAUUGUUCUUGUGGUCGGUGCCCUUCUACUUGGACUGGGUUUUCCGUCCAAGCCUUUUCUGGGCUAUGGGAAUUUGUCAAGCUCUCUGUUGCUUCUGGGGUCAUGCUCUGCUUGGAGAAUUGGUACUAUAGAAUACUUAUAAUAAUGACCGGGCACUUGAAAAACUCGACACUUGCUGUGGAUGCUCUCUCAGUUUGCAUGGCUACUAUUGGGUGGGAACUCAUGAUUCCCCUAGCCUUCUUUGCAGCUGCGGGCGUGAGAGUGUCCAAUGAAUUAGGAGCUGGGAAUAGUAAAGCAGCAAAAUUUGCAACAAUGGUUUCAGUUGCACAAACAACUAUAACUGGACUUGUGUUGUGCGUGCUUAUCAUGCUAUUGAAGAACAAGAUUGCUUUGGCAUUCACUUCUGACGCUGAUGUUAUCCAUGAGGUUGAUAGCCUCUCGCCCCUCUUAGCCAUUAGUAUUCUCCUUAAUAAUGUUCAACCGGUUCUGUCAGGAGUGGCCGUAGGAUCAGGUUCGCAAGCAAAGAUCGCGUAUGUAAAUCUUGGCUGCUACUACAUUAUUGGUCUCCCUCUUGGAUUUCUUAUGGGAUGGGUCUUCAAGUUGGGUAUUAAGGGCAUCUGGUGCGGGAUGAUUCUUGGCGGAACUUUUACUCAAACUGUUACCUUGGCCAUCAUAACGAUGAAAUUUAACUGGGAUAAAGAGGCUGAAAAGGCUCGGAAUCGCGUGGACAAAUGGUCAAAACCCAGGCCAACGGGAUGAUUGCAGCCCAAACGGAUGCGCUCGUUGUUAUGUUAAUUAUCAAAUACAAAUUGUAAUAUUAAUUAUCGAAGAAAAAUUGAAUGAUU